CAUAGUUCGUGUGAUCAUAUUUGAUGAAUAAGAUAUGAUUAAUAAGAAGUCAAAACCCACUUAAAGUACUUCCUUAUGUACAAAAUGUCACAAGAUCUUGAGUUAUAUUUUAAUGUAAUCCGAGCUACAGGACAAUGGUGUGUUAAUCCUACAUCUCGCCACCUAUCUUUCAGCUUAUAAACGUCUGCUAGUGAGGCAUCAAGUAAGACCGGAAUCAGAUUAUGUAUUGAGAAGAUUGAGAAUAAAGAUUAAAGAUUGAAAUUUCAUCAAUGAGGACAAAGAAAUUUUGGGUCCUUUUGUUCUGCUUGGUCAAACUUGAAUCUUUCAAUCUUCAAUCUCAUUCUUCAAUACGUAAUCUGAUUCAGACUUAAAGGCUUCAAAUGGCAAUGUGAUUGCUAUGAAGCAAACUACAAUUUUCUUUGCAAUUCGGAAUUCUAUUACUCAGUAUUGAAACGUCGUAGUGCGAUAUCUUAACAUAUGCUUUGUUUCGUGCUUAUGCCAUUGAUGACGGAAUCUCUUUUAACUCUACUGAUACCUCUAUCAACGAAAAAAUGGAAUGCUCAGCCUUUGAAUUUGAAUGCUCUGCCUUCAAAUAUUAAUCGAAGAAUAAGACGGAGAAUCGAUGAAGUUAAAAAUCGGAAAUGCCUCCAAAUUAUUUUAAGUUAUCCCAAUUUGCCGAAAAUGCAGUUGCAGAUUACGUCGUGCGAAUGUUUGACUGAAAAGAUGUUUCAAAGAGUUAUCCAUGAGUUCCUAUGGACACACCAGGAUUUAAUCAUAUCAUAGCAAAUGCAGUAUUUGGCAAUUUAGCCAUGAAAAAUUUGUUUUCAUAAUUACAUAAUCACAUGUUUUGAUAUGUCAAAAGAGGAAAAUCGUAUACAAUCUAACAAAUAAUAUCUUUGUGUUAUAUUAGGAUAAAAAUGUUCCAUGAAGGAAAAAAUUAUGGAACGCUGACAAACAUCGGAAAACGAAAGAAACUAUUGCGACUUGUCAUUUUCUUAAAUGUAUAAAUAAGCGUAUAAAUAAACACAUAUAUUUA